AUGGAAAGUAAAAAACCGGCUGAAGAGCCGCUGGAAAGGCCCAGCAUCAAGGAAAUUAAAAAUGAGGGUACUGCAUAUACUCUGCCCAGUAAAGAUGAAUCUCAACGGCCUGUCAUUGUUCCACCAACGAAGCCAAAGAUUAGAUAUAGUCUUUUGAAAACCGGGAUCUGUUAUGAUGUGAGGAUGCGUUAUCAUGCUAAGAUCUUCACGUCUUACUUCGAAUACAUCGAUCCACAUCCAGAGGACCCCCGCCGUAUCUACCGUGUUUACAAGAUCCUAGCGGAGAAUGGAUUGAUUCAGGACCCAACUUUGAGUGGUGCAGAUUCGAUCGGAGAUCUAAUGGUGAAGGUUCCCGUACGUGAAGCUGAAGAGGAAGAAAUUUUGCAAGUCCAUUCAAGACAGCAUUUGGAUUUCAUAUCACAGACAGAACAGCUCGAACGUGAAAGUUUACUCAAGGAGACUGAGGGUGGAGAUUCCGUGUAUUUCAAUAAUGACUCGUAUCUUAGUGCCAAACUUUCAUGCGGUGGUGCUAUCGAAGCAUGUAAGGCUGUCGUCGAGGGAAGAGUGAAAAACUCAAUAGCUGUAGUAAGGCCACCUGGUCAUCACGCUGAACCUGAAAUUGCUGGUGGUUUUUGUUUGUUCAGUAACGUAGCCGUCGCUGCUGCAAAUAUGCUCAAAUCGUAUCCUGAAAGUGUUCGUAAAAUCAUGAUCGUUGAUUGGGAUAUCCAUCAUGGUAACGGAACUCAAAAGGCCUUCUAUGACGAUGAUAGAGUUUUAUAUGUAUCUCUUCACAGGUAUCAAUUAGGCAAGUAUUACCCAGGUACUAUCCAUGGAAACUAUGACCAAACCGGCGAAGGGAAAGGUGAAGGUUUCAAUUGUAAUAUAACGUGGCCAACAGGCGGUGUUGGUGAUGCUGAAUACAUGUGGGCUUUUGAACAAGUUAUCAUGCCAAUGGGUCGCGAGUUUGAACCGGAUUUGGUCCUUAUUUCAUCUGGUUUUGAUGCAGCCGAUGGUGACACUAUCGGCCAAUGCCAUGUUACUCCUGCUUGUUACGGUCACAUGACCCAUAUGCUACUUUCGUUGGCUAAAGGAAACUUGUGUGUUGUCUUAGAAGGUGGGUACAAUUUGGAUUCUAUAGCUAAGUCGGCGCUUGGUGUUUGUAAGGUGUUGGUCGGAGAACCACCAGAUGAAUUGCCUGCUCCUAAAAAGCAACCAACUCCAGAGGCAAAAAAAAUGAUCGAAACAGUCAUCAGAACGCAGUCAAAGUAUUGGUCUUGCUUUAAGAACAGACAUGGAAAUGACGGGAUCAAUUUCAAGGAUGCUAUAACUUCAACAUUGGACACAAGGAAUUUCCCUUUACAAAAUGCUAUUAGAGAAUACCAAGUUUCACAGCUCUCAUCACAAUUCAACUUUGUUCAACUUCCAAUUCUUGAUUUGAAUUUACCAGCAAAUACUAUGCUAUGCACCUCAGGUAUCCAAGACUCUGAAACACUUGUGGUGAUCGUGCAUGACACACCAGAGAUUUGGUCUGAACGUGACACACAGACAGGAAUUAUUGAUCCUUCUAGUUCAAUUAUCGUCGACAAUGCUUUGAAGAUGAUCAAUUGGGCAAUGGAUAGAAGAUAUGGAAUAAUUGACAUAAAUAUACCUCAAACACUCUUUGAACAUGCCAACUACCCAGGUGUUGCGUCAUCACAAGAGAUUCUGAUAUAUUUAUGGGAUAACUACUUGAAAUUCUUCCAAAAUCUACAAAAGGUGGCAUUUAUCGGCAUUGGAGAUGCCUACGGAGGCAUUGUCCAUUUAUUAGGCCAUAGGGAUACCAGGUCAGUGGUAAAAUGUGCAAUAUCAUUUUUAGACAAAAAACCUCUUAAAGUAAUGGUGCCAUUAAUUGACGAAACGUUAGGAGAUUGGUAUUUCAAGAAUUCCUUGGUAUUCACAAGUAGCACACAUUCUUGUUGGGGUAGUACGGCCAACGAAAAUAAGAAGUUAAGAAAGAAGUAUGGUAGAGUUUUGAAGGCAGAUUGUGACGGAAUGACAAACAUAUUCGAUGAACGUUUUGAAGAAGCAACUGAUUUCAUAUUGGAUUCUUUCGAAGAAUGGAGUGAAUCGGAAUAA